ACACUUUGCAGAUGGCCGAUGAUGAGAAUGACAGAAAAUGGCCAAACUUUGGAAAACACAUCAAUUCCACAUCUGUUUUUUCACUUUUGGAAUGAUCUUGUUUGCGAUAACUAACGGAAACCUUGUAUUGGAAUGUAACGAAAGAUGUUCAAGUUUAUCGACAAGUAUAUUAUCAGAUACCGGCCAAUGUGACACAGAAUGCAGAAAUAGCUCGUGCUCAACUGGAUGUUCAUCAUGGGACAACUCAACACUUGCACAAUGUUACGCAGUGUGUAAUCAGACAUAUUCAUCAGAGCCAUUUCGGGUGCAAUAUUGCCAGUCAGGUUGCCUAUUUGCAGAAAAUGAAUACGCAGAAGAAGUGAUAGGUGUAAUAGGUCAGCCGUCAUCCCCACUGCCAAGUAACAUAGGAACGACAUCCCUCACUCUCUCCUGGACAGCGGCCAGUCAUCAAGAUGUUACCUACCUGGUGGAAUGGAGAUAUACUGAGGGAGGGGGCAGGGCUUGGAACUAUUACGGGUCAGGAGAGCCAAUGUCAGAGACGACUCUGGACAUCACAGAUCUUAUUCCAUACGCCGAGUAUCAAUUCCGCAUCAUCUGGGUGAUCACUCCUAGACAUACCCUGACAUCGCCCACUAGCAGCAGUGUGCGGACAUUGCCCUCUGGAGUUCCUUCAACUGCUCCAACGAUCACCAGCAUCGUGAGCUCCAGCCCGACAACGAUCUCUCUGACCUGGGACCCGCCCGCUUUCCCCAAUGGACCAAUCAUAGGCUACGUCAUUGGUGUCCAAAGCUUCCUCAAUGAGGCUGGGAUCGUCAAGGAAGUAGAUGGGUCAACAACGGAGACCACUGUGAUUGAUCCAUCUCUUAGGGCGUCGACUCUCUACGCUGUAUCCGUGAGAGCGAGGAAUAUGGAAGGAGCAGGAAUGAGCGAUACAGUCAAUGUUACGACAGGAGCGGAACCUGAAAAUCCUGGCAUAGUCCCAUACAUUGUCAUCGGUGUUACAAGUUUAAGCUUUACUGCAUUAUCUGAAAUAUCUUCAGUCUCCUUGGUAGAGUAUGGAAAGCUAAGAGAUGUUGAUCCUGUUCCUAGCGACAUACACACUGUGGAUAAUGAAAACUCUACCAUAUCAGAUGUUGCUGUGGACUACUGGAAAAACUUCAUUUUCAUCAGCGACUCUGACGGGCAAAUCCACCGUCGUACCAUCGACCCUGGUAACUUGACCCUUGCAACAUCGGAAGUCCUUUACACCAAUCAGAAUGCAACUCCCACCAAGCUUGAUGUUGAUUGGUUGAACGACCAGCUCUACUUUGUUCAGGGAACUGAGAUUUUACGCUGUAAUCUGAAUGUCUCUGAUUGUUCCACUGCUGUGGCUAAUAUUGGGUCUGUACCUACGGAGAUGAAAGUUGAUCCGUUCAGUGGGUAUCUAUUCUGGAGUGAGCGAAAUGUCGGAAUCCGCCGAGCACCCCUGACAUCCUACACCAUCAAUUCCGGCGAUGCGGACCUCAUCAUCAGUCUCCUUGACUCCUCAGCCUUCACCGUCCUCUCUGAAUCCUUCCAGAUACUCUAUACUAACUCCACCGGCAAUUCAAUGCACAGCUCCUCGCUAGACGGCACCAACCAGCAAGUGAUGCAUGUCGCGGACGCCGGAUCGGACCAUCAGUUUAUCAACGUUACCAGUCUGGUUUACUUCAACAGAUCUCUAACAUGGACCUUUGCGAAAGAGAGCGGCAGUGUUGCAUCUUGUUUUGUAGUUCCGAAUUACGAGUAUCGGGAUGAUGAACGCCUUUUUUUCGAGGAGAACACAGGAACGUUCACGCAAGCUGAUUUGUUCCUGUGCGUUGAUGGCUACCAUGGACUAGAUAUCUUCUAUCCAACGUACCAACCGAUACCUAUCCCAGCAUUCCCUCCCACGGAUCUACAAGUCCUCUUUACGGAAGGCACGGCGGAUAUCACAUGGACAAGACCUUUGAGUAUUCCUGGCAAAGGGGAGGCAGCAUGGGAGGAGUGGCUUUAUGAAAUCAUAUUAACCAAUCCUCAAAUUGGCAACACAAUGACUCUCACUGGUCUACAAGAAGAUUCAGCUCUGAUUGAGAACCUCAACGCAAGCACUGAAUACUCGGUCCAAGUCCGGGCCUAUUCCAUAGCUGGUCCUGGCCCUUUGUCGGAGACAUUUUCUGGAUCUACGCUCAUUGAAGUUGAUGUGGAGCCAUACUUGUUACUUGCUAAUGCUUCUGAUGUCUGGUGGAGUCGUCUCGAUGGCAAUGGAGAAUCGUGGCUCUUAUCACCCACGGCAAACAUCAAAGAUAUUGACUGGUACCAAGGCUAUUACAUUUGGAGUUCUGUGAUGGGUGACCUAUACAGGUCAGCAGAGGGCGCUGUAACAGAUGAUCAACUGACCUUUGACCCAUCAGGGGUCAGUAGUUCAGUUGAUGCAAUAGCCGUAGACUGGCUUAGUGAGUUCCUCUAUUGGUCUGAUCCAGACUUGAAUCAGAUACUCCGUGGAAGAUUAUCCAACCAAUCAUCCACAGUAACAUCCCAAACCACCAUCAACGCUUUUGCCAGCGACGUCCAGGAUUUGGCCAUCGACUCGGUCCAGGCCUACAUCUACUGGACAACGCGCUCGUCCGUUGAGGGCUCAAGACUGAAUGGAGAGAGCACUCUGGUGUUCUACGAGAUCAGUGAGCUCUUGUUGGAUGUCGUUGCUGGAUUGACCCUUGACCUUGAUGGCGGAUAUGUCUAUUGGUUUGUUGUUUCCAGGCAGAACUCGGUGGAGGAGCUGAAGUUGUUCCGUGCCCAGCUGGCAGGGAUAAGCCCUGAUCCAAUGUCAACGACAGAAGAGAUUGGCGAAGUGCUCUCAGAGACAACGAGCCUGGCACUGCAUUUCUACAGCUCCAAACUCUUCUGGAUCAACAGCCAAUCUAGAGUAGAGGUCAGUGAUGACCGUGGCCAGAGACCAGCAUUACUACCGGCCACUGAUGUCCAGGCAUUGACUGUUGUACAGGAAACUCUCAAACCUUUACCAGAGGGUCACAGCGAGCGCCCAACUGUAGUGGCCCAAGAAAUCCCAUCCUCUUCUAUCCAGGUCACAGGUACAUGGGACGACUUCAACAUCACAUGGCAGGCCAGCACAGAGGUCACUUACGGAAUCGUUUUUUACACCAUAGCUGUGGUAGCUCCAGAACGAACUUAUGAAGAGACUGUUCAGAGUCCUUUCUAUAACGUCAGAGACCUAACACCUUUCCAGUCUCUUGGCAUCACAAUUAGUCCUUACACCUACUGGGCCACGACACCUCAAACGGCCUCUCAGUUGAUGUCUCCCAUGUCAGUACCCUCUGUUCCUCUUAACCCAAGAGCCUUUGCUUUAGAGUCCACCGACAUCAUGGCUGGAACCACUGUGUAUUCAGCUGAAUUUCGCUGGUCCCAACCUGCAGAGAUCAAUGGUGUUUUUGAAGGGUAUUCUGUGUCUUGGGGUACUGAUGCGGAGCAGCUAACUAUGUUCAAUGUCAGCCAAGAUGUCACUGAGUACACAUUCUCCAACCUAACGGCUAACACCACUUAUUUCUUUCAGGUGGAAGGCUUUACAUCCAUAGGUAGUGGGCCGGCAACAGACCCAGUCAAUAUCACCACUGGAGUAUCUCCACCCCCACCUACCAUAGUGGUGAACAAAGGUAAUGCAGGAGUGACAUUGAUUGAUACCGAUACUAGUGAAGAGAUAUCACUUCUCGGUGGUACAGCGGUCACAGUCAUUGCCUUUGUUGCCAGCGAGGAAAAAGUUUUCUUUGUCGAGUCUGCCGGGGAUCGAGAGAUCUAUAGCAGCAAUUUGGACGGCACAGAGCGUGUUGAGCUUCUUGAGCUGGGCAAUCAGGUGCCUUACCAAGCGGGCUUUGUCGUCGACUGGAUCUCACAAAUACUGUAUUGGAGUGAUAAUACUGCCAUCUAUAGUUAUGAUGCUACUCUCCCUGCUGCCAUGGCAACCACAGAGAUGUUGUACACUGCACCAGAAGGCAACACCAUCCAGGGAAUCAGUGUAAAUCCAUUUGGAAGCACUUUAAUCUGGACUGAGACUACCCAGACUACUUCAGUUCUAAUGACCUCUGACCUCUACGAGUGGGCCCCCACCCCACUGUUUGGCACCACCAACAGCCAACGGAGGAAACGAGCCACCGAGAACUGCACGUGCUCAGAGAGCUUGACCCCUGGGUCAGCAGUGUACAUUGACAGUUCAGACCCAGAGACCCCUACCCUCUUCUUUGUGGAUGCGACCUCCAAUGACCUCUGGACCUUUGACCUUGUAGGAUGCCAGUGUGAACGGCUCUUUGAGGCAGCAUCCCAAGCUCAAUCAGGUCUCCCUCCGGACACACUGUCUGUUGACACUAGCCGUGUGUAUUGGUCAAACACUGCUGAAGAGAUAGUAGCCAGUGUUGACAAGCAGACUGGUGCUGAUUUCCAGGCCCAGACAGGUCAGAAUGAUGUGAAUUUUGUACUGACAUAUGGUACCAGUCUUCAGCCAUAUCCAGCUCCUGAGUGUCUUUCACCGUCAGACUACACUGACAGUACACAGCUGUCCGAUGCAGGAAGCGAUAGGUUGACGGUGACCUUCGACCCUGUGACAGAAUGCGAAGGAGUGAGCACUGCAACGGCUAUCUAUACCGUGAGCUAUGCAAUAGUGGACAGCGAGACAUCGGACCUAAACUGCAGCACUACCAACCUCACAUGCAAUACAAUGGAGACAACAUUGAACCAAGCCACCCUGGAUGACCUAGAACCUUACACAUUCUAUGUGACUCAGGUCUCUGUAAGGAACUUCUACUCCAUGGGAUCACCUGUCCUAGGUCCUGUAGCUAUCCAUAGGACUACUCCAGGAGUCCCCUCUGCUGCAUUGAUGGUAGCUGUCAGCGUCCUAACCCCAUCUGAAGUCAACGUGGUCUGGUCGCAACCUCUUGAGAUCAACGGUCCAUUGAACGAUCUAAGGUUCCGGGUCAAGUAUUCGACUGAUACCCAAGACUUCAGGACUGGCUAUGUUGAUGGUCCAGACGGUGAGGAUGGACGGUACUCCAUGAUGAUCACAGAUGGUCUAGCUGCUGCUACUGAGUAUACUUUCACUGUUGAAUCCUACCAAUCUUCAUUGCCAUCCAACAUGUUCAGCUCCAGUGAGACAGAGACCCAGACCACCUACCAGGAGCCAGCCAUGGUUGAAGAGAUCUCAAAGACCAGUACUACCCUCGCAGUCUCUUGGAUGUCUCCUGAUGAUGAUAGUGUCAUGUAUCAUUGGAUCCAGUUCAAAGAGACGUCAUCUUCAGAGUGGCAGGACGCCCUCAUGGGCAACACGACCUCAGGUGUCCGUUACAACGUGACAAUUGGUGAAGGGGAAACAGACCCGCUACUCCCAUUUACUGACUACGAGGUCCGCACAAGGAUUCUCUAUCGAUCUGGUCAGGAAUAUGAAUACCCUCGUAAUGCAGAGUUUUUAUCAUCAAGAACUGAAUCUGAUAGCCCGUCUGCCCCAGGCGUUCCCAUGGUAACAGAAACAGGAACGGAUCCAGUCACCUACGAGGUCCGAUGGACCGAACCAAACAGAGCCAAUGGACCAGGAACUCUUCAAUACACACUGGAAGCAAGAGCCAUGUCUACAGCAGAGUGGAGCCAAGUCUACGAAGGUUCCGAUACGAACUGGAUCAUCGUCGACCUCCUGGUGGGAGAAUCGUAUAGCUUCCGGGUCAAGGCCAGGAAUGAUGAUUACGAGGGACCGUAUAGUCCAACCAGUGAUGCUGCGUUUUUACCCAAUCCUUCGUCUGACAAUACAGUAUUUAUCAUCAUCGGAGCUGUUGUAGGAGUUCUUGUUAUUGUAGCCAUCAUUAUUAUUGUCUUAGUAUGUCGUCAUCAGAGAACCGGUGGUAGUAAGUGGCCCCAUUUCCAGGAAGACGUAGAGCUCGCACAGCUAAGGAACUAUCCUAACAUGGCAAUACGACAAGAAAACUCCAACUAUGCUGUGACACAUGAUGGCAAAGAGGUCCUUCUUCCAAUAUUCCAGAGAGAGCGACUCAAGUUGAUCACCUUCCUUGGCAGUGGUGCCUUUGGUGAGGUGUUUGAAGGAUCAGCUCUUGAUAUCCUUGGGAGUAACAGCGGGGAAACUAGAGUUGCGGUUAAGACUUUGCGGAAAGGAGCAACUGACGAGGAGAAACAAGAGUUUUUGAAGGAAGCUACAGUCAUGGGAAAAUUCAAGCACCCCAACAUUGUCUCACUAAUGGGAGUAUGCCUCGACAACGACCCACAAUACAUCAUUCUAGAGCUGAUGGAGGGCGGAGACUUGUUGUCCUACAUCCGAGCAGCGAGGGCGCCACCUCCUGCCAACAGCAAGAUUACGCUUCUUGACCAGAUUGAGAUGAUUAUGGAUAUAGUGAAAGGAUGCGAGCAUUUAGAAGAAUUGCAUUUUGUCCAUAGAGAUCUUGCAGCUAGAAAUUGCCUUGUUUCCACAAAGUCCUAUGAUGCCCACAUGAGGGUGGUUAAGAUAGGUGACUUUGGUCUGGCCAGGGAUAUCUACAAGAAUGAUUAUUACAGGAAAGAGGGCGAGGGACUACUUCCUGUCCGCUGGAUGUCACCAGAGGGCCUGAUGGAUGGCUACUUCAGUAUUCAAUCUGACGUUUGGGCGUUUGGUGUGUUGAUGUGGGAGGUCAUGUCAAGAGGUCAGCAGCCGUACCCAGCAAGGUCAAACGUAGAGGUCCUCAGGUUCGUGGAGGCUGGUGGAAGGCUGAGCCAACCAGAUCAAUGCCCUGAUGAAAUUUACAUGAUGAUGAGGCGAUGCUGGGAGCGAUCAACUGACGAUCGUCCAUCAUUUAAGAUGCUGAAAGAGAUGAUACAUGAUUUUAGGAGGAAAUCGGUUGGACCUAAUGGAGCUGAUAAUUUUGGAUUUGAAGGAGAUGGCAAGGUGAAUUACUCUCAUCUAAAGAAGGACAUCCCUCCAGAGAUGGAAGAUUACCUACUCCCCAUCGAUAGCAAGGGAGAUAUCAUCAAGAAACCUGAUAUUGAGCUUCCUCCAGACAUUGACUAUGACCUUGCUGACAAGGACCUAGCUAAUCUGGACUUUGAAGAAGAUCAGAAGAAGGAGAAGCGGAAAGGCAGCAAGAAAGGGCGGAGUCCCUUCAGUAGUCUUCGAGGGAGGUUACCCGGUGGGGCAUCUGCAGCGGAUACGACGCCACGUCUCGAAGCGGCGCUACAGGACCUAGCGCAUAAUCGCGAGCGUGGGCGGGACAUCGACGAUGAGAGAUACCUCAAGUAUCCAGUUGGGUCAGUCAGCAAGGCAACGGGAGCCGACAUGGCCAAUGCAGCGGAUGGCGCAGUUGGAGGUGCAACCAGCAUGGCUGCAGAUGAUGGCAGCGCAGAAGGUGCCGUCGGGUACUCAGCGGACAUACCUAUGAAUGGUGAUGCGCUGAACAGGACUGAACUGUCAAAUUAUUCACAGCCAAGAAAACGACACCCAAAUCCAUUCCGUGCCAACUCCAUGGAAGAACUUGAUGGUUAUGACAAUUUAGCAUUUGCGACAUCGGGUGGUGUCAAGUCACCAGGAGGGGCUAAGGCAUCAGGUGUCUCACUUACUGGGGAUAUCAUUGCAACGGACUAUGCCAAUGUAUAAUGCUUUCUGAACCAUCUCAAUCUAUUCUUGUCAUAAAAUUCUUUUAUCCUAUUAAACCAUGUUGGUUACAAAGUCAGUGAAUAGAAGUGUCCUUGAUCAACAUUGAAAGUGAAGGUGUUUGGCUGCUUCAGUAUGCUGGAAUCUCCUAUGCAAGGUAAGAUUCUGACGAUAGAGUCUUCAAUGCAUUUAGUAAAAC